CAGAGGCCUCCCUCCGCCUGCUGCGCUGUUUAUGGGGAGCGGGAGAAAAGGGGGGGCUAAAGAAACCCCCACCAAACUGCCCCUACCCCCAGUCUAAGUCCGGGACCUGAAAGAAAAGAAUCCGAUCCAGCUCUGGAACGCGGUGGACCGACUAUCCACCGACAUUUAAUGCUCGUUUUAUAACGCGUUUCUGGAGUUUCGUGCGCUCUUGGAGAGUUUACGCACGGACGCCGUCGACAUGGCACGGAUAACUGUUUAGUCCGGUUGAAAACUUCGCGUAUCCAAGGAGUUAUUUGGAUUUUUCCCCCUUCUGUUUUAUAUGGAUGCAGCAUAGGACGCUUUUAAGGGGAAUUAUAUGGUCGUACCGCUUCUGCAUCGUUCCGAAAUAGUUACUUGGACGCGCGUGGAACUAUUAGUGCCAAACGUCCAGUGUGCCGACCCUUCGUCUCCAGCCUGUGGGGCCACGGCUCUCCAGACAGGUCAGAGGUCAUCUACGACAUGACGCCAGCCAGCCACCUGCCCAUCCUGCUCUCCCUGAGCGCCCUGCUGCUGUCUCCGCUGCUCACCGGCUCCUUGGCCUUAUCUCCACCCAGGUUCACAAAAGUACCUGUCGAUAUGAUCGGCGUCUCCGGAGGUGUUGUAUCCUUCAUAUGCCAAGCCACAGGUGACCCCAAGCCAAGAGUAACCUGGAAUAAGAAAGGAAAGAGGGUGAACUCUCAACGCGUCGAGACAGUAGAGUUUGACGAAGGUGCGGGAGCCAUCCUAAGAAUCCAGCCUCUCCGAGCGCCUCGAGACGAGAACAUCUACGAAUGUGUGGCAGAGAACAGCGAAGGCGAAAUCAGUGUCCAGGCUAAGCUGUCAAUUAUCAGAGAGGACCUACUUCCUGCUGGCUUCCCCAACAUCGACAUGGGCCCACAGCUGAAGGUGGUGGAGCGCACGCGCACGGCUACCAUGCUUUGCGCCGCGAGCGGUAACCCCGACCCGGAAAUCACCUGGUUCAAAGACUUCCUCCCCAUCGACCCCAGCACAAGUAACGGCCGAAUCAAACAGCUCAGAUCAGAAGCGAUUGAGAGUACUCCCAUCCGAGGUGCUCUGCAGAUAGAAAACACUGAGGAAACCGACCAGGGGAAGUACGAGUGUGUGGCGUCUAAUGUGGAAGGCGUCCGAUACUCUUCCCCUGCCAACCUGUAUGUGCGAGAGCUUCGAGAAGUUCGUCGCGUGCCCCCACGUUUCUCCAUCACGCCCCCCACCAUGCAAGAGAUCAUGCCAGGUGGUAGCAUUAACAUCACUUGCGUCGCCGUUGGCUCACCCAUGCCCUACGUCAAGUGGAUGCUUAACUCUGAGGACCUGACACCCGAGGACGAGAUGCCAGUGGGCAGGAACGUUCUGGAGUUAAACGACGUCCAUGAGUCGGCCAACUACACCUGCAUGGCCAUGAGCAGCCUGGGCAUCAUCGAGGCUAAUUCCCAGAUCAUUGUUAAAUCCUUGCCAAAACCUCCAGGUACUCCUGUUGUAACCGAAACUACCGCCACCAGUAUCACCAUCACCUGGGACAGUGGCAACCCUGAGCCCGUCUCCCAUUACAUCAUCCAGUAUCGCGCCAAAUCUCCCGAGAGCAAGUUCGAGACCGUGGACUCCAUCACCACCACUCGCUACAGCAUUGGAGGACUUUCUCCGAACACUGAUUAUGAGAUCCGGGUGUCAGCCUACAACACCAUUGGCCAAGGCCCGCCCAGUGAACCGGUUGAGGCUAGGACUGGGGAGCAAGCUCCCGCCAGCCCACCACGCAACAUCCAGGCCCGUAUCAUCUCCCAGAACACCAUGAUGGUACGCUGGGAUGAACCUGAGGAGCCCAAUGGACAGAUCAAGGGUUAUCGGGUCUACUACACCAUGGACCCAUCUCAGCCCAUGAGCAUGUGGCACAUCCACAAUGUACAGGACAGCGUGAUCACCACCAUUCAGAGUCUGGUGGCCACUGAGACCUACACCAUCAGAGUGUUAGCCUUCACGUCAGUAGGAGAUGGACCCUUCUCAGAUCCCAUUCACGUCAAAGUACUUCAAGGAGUCCCUGGACAGCCGACCAACUUCCAGGUUGGUGAGGUGUCAGACACGAGUGUUGAGCUAACAUGGGAACCGGCCUUCGAGAAAGAGGGAAUCAUCAGUUACGAACUGCAUUACAGAGAGGGCAGGCAGGAAUCUCAGGUAAAGAAAACAUUCGGGCCAACCUCUUCCUAUGUGGUGGAGGGUCUACGUGCAAAUACAGAGUACUUCUUCUCUCUGGCUGCCGUUUCCAACAAAGGCAUUGGAGCCUUCACCAACGAAAUAUCCCAAAGGACAUCCCAAGCCAAGCCCUCCGCCCCCCCUCAAGACAUUAAGUGCUCCAGCUCCAGCUCCACCACCCUGCUGGUAAGUUGGCGCCCUCCGCCGGCCGAGAGCCAAAACGGGGCACUGGCCGGGUACAUAGUGCGCUACACGGUGGUGGGGGCCGGGGCCGAGGUCAGCACGGAGCCCGUGGAGGAACCAGCGGUGCCACCCACGUCCAGUCAGAUCCAGCUGCGGCAGCUGGAGAAAUGGACCUUUUACCGAGUCACUGUGGCGGCCUCCACCAGCGUGGGUCCGGGUCCCGAGAGCGAGCCGCUGCUCUGCCGCACGGACGAGGACGUGCCCGGGGCCCCCCCUCGGCGUGUAGAGGUCGAGGUGCUCAACUCUACCUCCAUCAAGGUGAUGUGGCGCUCCCUGUUGCCAGGGAAACAGCACGGGCAGAUCCGCGGGUACCAGGUGCACUACGUCCGUGUCGAGAAUGGUGAAUCUCGCGGCCUGCCCCUCAUCAAGGACGUCAUGCUAGCCGAUGCACAGUGGGAAAUGGACGACGCAGCUGAAUAUGAGAUGGUCAUCGGAGGCCUGCAGCCUGACACCACGUACUCCAUCACCGUGGCAGCCUACACCACCAAAGGAGACGGAGCCCGCAGCAAACCCAAGCUGGUGGUGACUAAAGGAGCAGUGCCGGGGCCUCCCUUUCUCUCGGUCAAUCAAAACUCAGAGACUACUGCAUUAGUACGCUGGCAACCCCCUGAUUUCUUCGCUCCGGGUCUCGAGGUGCAGGGUUAUCGGCUACAGUUUGGCCGAAAGGACGUGAGCCCCCUGGCCACGCUGGAGUUCGGCCAUCAGGAGCUGGAAUAUUCCAUUAGCAAUAUCCACCGAGGGGCCACGUACAUAUUCAAAGUGUCCGCCAAGACCAGAUCAGGAUUUGGCGACGAGGCUACCCGAGAACUAAAAGUCCCAGAAGAGGUUCCUCGAGGGUAUCCUCAAAUAAUCGAAGGGUCUAACAUUACCUGCUGCUCUCUCCAAUUUGCCUGGUUGCCUCCGGUAUUGGCAGAGCGCAAUGGCGCUAUAACAGAGUACACGCUGGCUUACCAGGAGGCCGGAACAGCCGGUGGACCCAAGGAACUGCGUCUGCUGGCAAGCGAGAAUAGCUACACCCUCAACAGCCUGAGGCCCAACGCAGUGUACGAUGUGAAACUUCGAGCGCACACCAGUGUAGGUCCAGGGCCCUACAGCCCACCGAUCCAGUAUCGAACAGUGGCCUACGAAGCAGAUGUUCCUAAGAACUUCACCGUAAAGCUGGUCACCAAAACUACAGUACUGCUGACCUGGAGGUUUUCCGAUAGCCGCUUCCCGUACCGCUGUAUGAUUGAGUACCACCGGCAGAAGGUUGACAUUGACGCUAGGAUGACCAAAGCUCUCAUCACCAACUUGCGACCCAACAGCACCUAUGAGUUCAGAAUCACCUGCCAGGAAAGCAGCGACGGUGGACCCAAACACAAGCUCAUCGCACGAACGGCACCACCUAUUCUGGUCCGAAAGCCAGAGUUGGACCUGAAAAGAGAGCCGGCCAGCACGCUGACCAUUGUCUUCCCACCGCUGGAAUCCAAAGAGUUGAUAAAGGCGGUCUAUGUUGUGGUGGUUCCUCUGAAGAAGGGAAGAGGUCCGAUCCGACACAUCAAGACCCCAGAUGAACUGGACCUAGAAGAGCUGCUGGGCGACAGAAGACUCGGUCAACGUCACGCUCGAACCACCCGUCAGCUCAAGCAGGUGGACGGGAAGCGGCCCUACAUCGCUGCCAGCUUCAAGCCCUCAUCCAUGCCGCCGUCCUUCACCCUGGGCAACCAGAUGGUGUAUAGCGGCUUUGAAAACAGGGCUCUGGACCCCGGGCAGGAAUAUGUGUUCUUUAUCCUCGCCGAGCUCAACACCACCGGAGGGAAAUCAUUUGUGUCCAGUCCCUACACGGAUCCAGUCACGGCUCCUGACGUGGACCCUCAGCCCGUGGAGACGGGAGGGGAUGGACUCAUCUGGGUGGUGGGGCCCGUUCUCGCUGUGGUCUUCAUAAUCUGUAUUGUGAUCGCGAUUCUCCUCUACAAGAACAGCAAGCCUGACAGCAGCAAACGUAAAGAGUCAGAGCCACGGACGAAAUGUAUGCUGAACAACACCGAUAUCACACCUCACCAUCCCACAGACCCGGUGGAGAUGAGACGAAUCAACUUCCAAACCGCAGAUUCGGGUCUAAGCAGUCCUGUCAGUGAAGCCGGUUUUGACUAUGAAAGUAUGAUGAACCACCCACCGAUACCCAUCUCUGAGCUAGCCGAGCACACGGAGCUACUAAAGGCCAAUGACAACCUGAAGCUCUCCCAGGAGUAUGAGUCCAUCGAUCCGGGUCAGCAGUUCACCUGGGAGCAUUCCAACCUGGAGGUCAACAAACCCAAGAACCGCUACGCCAACGUCAUCGCCUACGACCAUUCCCGCAUAAUCCUGGCACCCAUCGAAGGUAUCACAGGCAGCGACUACAUCAAUGCUAACUACAUUGACGGCUACAGGAAGCAAAAUGCAUACAUAGCCACACAGGGGCCACUGCCGGAGACCUUCGGGGACUUCUGGAGAAUGGUGUGGGAACAACGAGCUGCCACCGUGGUCAUGAUGACCAGACUAGAAGAGAAGUCAAGGAUAAAGUGCGACCAGUACUGGCCAGGUAGAGGGACGGAGACCUACGGUAUGAUCCAAGUGACGCUCCUGGACACCAUCGAACUCGCCACUUUCUGUGUGCGCACCUUCUCUCUACACAAGAAUGGUUCCAGUGAAAAGCGAGAGGUCCGACAGUUCCAGUUCACCGCCUGGCCGGACCACGGCGUUCCCGAGUACCCCACUCCAUUCCUGGCCUUUCUCAGGAGGGUGAAGACCUGCAAUCCACCGGACGCUGGCCCCAUCAUCACCCAUUGCAGUGCUGGCGUGGGCCGCACAGGCUGCUUCAUCGUGAUUGACGCCAUGCUAGAGCGCAUCAAGCAUGAGAAGACGGUGGACAUCUACGGUCACGUGACCCUUAUGCGCUCCCAGAGGAACUACAUGGUGCAGACGGAAGACCAGUACAGCUUCAUCCACGAUGCCCUCCUGGAGGCCAUCGCCUGCGGGAACACGGAGGUGGCAGCACGAAGCCUCUUCUCCUAUAUCCAGAAGCUGGCACAGGUGGAGACCGGAGAGCACGUCAGCGGCAUGGAGCUGGAGUUUAAGCGUUUGGCGAACUCCAAAGCCCACACGUCCAGAUUCAUAAGUGCCAAUCUGCCAUGCAACAAAUUUAAAAACCGCCUGGUAAACAUCAUGCCGUAUGAGACCACUCGAGUGUGCCUGCAGCCCAUCAGAGGGCUGGAGGGAUCCGACUAUAUCAAUGCUAGCUUCAUUGACGGAUACAGACAACAGAAGGCUUAUAUAUCCACACAGGGGCCAUUAGCGGAGACCACUGAAGACUUCUGGAGGAUGUUGUGGGAGAACAACUCCACCAUCGUGGUGAUGCUGACCAAACUGAGGGAGAUGGGACGAGAAAAGUGUCACCAGUACUGGCCGGCGGAGCGCUCCGCUAGAUAUCAGUACUUUGUGGUGGAUCCAAUGGCAGAGUACAACAUGCCGCAGUACAUCCUCAGAGAGUUUAAAGUGACGGAUGCUCGGGACGGCCAGUCCAGGACCGUACGGCAAUUCCAGUUCACCGACUGGCCGGAGCAGGGCGUUCCCAAAUCAGGAGAGGGAUUCAUUGACUUCAUCGGACAGGUGCAUAAAACUAAGGAGCAGUUUGGACAGGACGGGCCCAUUUCUGUCCACUGCAGUGCCGGUGUUGGGCGGACCGGGGUCUUCAUCACGCUAAGCAUUGUGCUGGAGAGGAUGCGCUACGAGGGUGUGGUGGACAUCUUCCAGACGGUCAAAAUGCUGAGAACGCAACGUCCAGCAAUGGUGCAAACAGAGGACGAGUACCAGUUUUGCUAUCAGGCGUCUCUGGAGUACCUUGGAAGUUUUGAUCACUAUGCAACGUAAAAAGCUAUUUUUGUUUCCCCCGCCCCACAAACCCCCUCCCCCCAACAGCCUCCUGAGCCAUAAAAACUUGCUUGAAAACAUGAAACGAUGACAACUAUACACAAUUCAUACAAUUUUUUCGAAUAAUCGUCUUUUGGAACCAAUCAAAACGCCUCAUGCGUAACCCCAAUUGGACAAGCAACACUGGAGAAGUGCAAAUGGAUCCCAAACUCUUCUACAUCCCAAGCUCGUGAUGCAGGAACCAAACGUUUUGGCUCAGGCUGUAGGGCAGGAAUGACGAUCUAGUUUUGGGACCACUAACCUUACCUCAAGUGUUCUGACGUGGAGGACAAACAUUGUUUUUUUUCAAACUAACUCUGUGAACAUAUUACAAAAAGACAUGAAGGAAAAGUUGGUGAGAUACAACAUGUCCACAUAUUAAAGGACUUCAUUGAUGUCUUCAAUGGAGAAGUUGGUGCAACGGUACAAACAAGACUUCUUUUGCUGCUCACGUCUUGGGUCCAAGCCUCUCCUUGACAUGUUGCCAUUCGGACAAAAUUGGGAGCCACUUGAGAAGCGAUUCGAGGCAAACCGUUGAUCCACUUGAGAACGUAACCCUACUCUUGAAACCACUGGAGUCGCCAAACAAGAACUCAACACGUCUUGAGGCACUGAGGCAUUCAAGGAAUUGGUUGAAACCUAAUCGCAUCAGUUUCUUGAGGUGGGGACAGUUUUUUGGUGCUUUCGAGGACAUGCUAGCGAACAUUUCUGCCAAUGUAGCUCCAUCUCCACCUCUCGAGAGCCAAUUGGAGCAUGAAAUGUUGCAUCAACUAGAAAUUAGGACCAGAGGAACCACCAAAGAAAGUCUUGAGUUUCUUUGGUGCAGUGUAGCUCCAUUUCUAUCCUUUAGAUCCAAUGGGACCGUGAAAUGUUGCAUCAACUGGAGAUUAGGACCAGAGGAACCACCAACAAGGUUUUGAGAUUAUUUGGCGCAACGUAGCUCCAUUUCCAUCCUCAAGAGCCAAUGAGAGCGUGACCUGUUGCAUCAACUGGAGAUUAGGAUGAGAGGAACCACCACUAAAGUCUCGAGUUUCUUUGGCGACUACAUCCGAUACAUUGACUGGUCUCUCCGUUGACUUAAACCAUGUAUUUGGCGCACCGGAUAGGGGAUGCGUGGCUACAUCUUGCUUUCGGUACUUUGACGUCCCCAGUGACCAACGUUCAUUGCCAUUGUUUCAAACUACUUUUUGUCUUACAACUGUUUUUUUGCUUUUGUUUUGCUCUUGAUACCAAACAUGCUGCUUUUGCUCCAUUAUGCUGUACGUGUACAUGUGAAGAGUCCGAUUCAAUGGACAGAAGUGUGCGAGAGCGUGAUUACGUGUGUUGGUCCCACCAGUCAAUCCAUUUCCUUAUGCCCCAACAGUUGCCCAGGAUGAAAUAGCGUGUCCAAAUUAAUGUUAUCAGCAUCAACGACCCAUUCCUGGUUACUUUGGGAUUUCUUGCGUUUAUUUGUUGGUUGUUUUUGAAGUGUUUCUUCAAUGGAUUUUGGCUAACGAAGAGCGAGAAACAGGCAUACGUUUGCACCCUGAAAUUGCGGUACAACUAUCUUGUGAAUCUGUUGUUGUAGGUGGGACUGUUUUACACACUCAUGCAUAUGCGUAUGAGGGGGAGGGGCCUGCGCUCCGCUGUUAGAGCUGAUUGGCUGUACUGGAGAAUGCUUGAACCUGGAGUGUUCUGAUUGGUGAGAGAAUGAAAGGAGCCGUGUGUAAUCUUAUUUCCAAAAAGCCUUAUUCUUGUAACAUCAUAGAAAAAAAUUUAAAUACAUUAUUGUUAUAUUAUUUUGACUAUUAUCUUCUUAACAGACAUUUGAUUUCUUGGUUUAGUGUUUUGCUUUUUUUAACAAAGAUACUGUACUCAUUUUUUUUUUAAUUAGCAAGUAAAAAUAAUGCUCAUUUUACUCAUAUUACGUUAAAAGACAUUCUAUUUUUUCACUGUAGAAAUGUAACGUGAGAUGUGUUGGUGUGCAUGUAUACAUAGACGAAUGGGACGUGAAUGUAUACAUACACACUCACAUAUAUUAUAUUUAAAUGCAGAAUAUAAAGAUGUAUCCAAAUCUUCAUAUGAAUAGCCUUUUUUUUUUUUUGUAUUUGAAGCGGGCGCUCAUUUUUAUACCACCAUGAAAUUAUGAAAUUGUGUGUAUGAAAUCAUGAAUGACUUUUUA